UACAUGUGCUGGACGAGUGGAGAUUUAUUACAAUGGGUCUUGGGGCACAGUUUGUGACGACUCCUGGGAUCUAGACGACGCUAACGUGGUCUGCGGGCAGCUAGGUUGCGGAUAUGCUGUGGAAGAUAAAAUUCCGGGAUUCUGUGGACGAAGUAAAGGCCAAAUUUGGUUGGAUGAAGUAAGAUGCUCGGGUAACGAAUCAUACCUCUGGAACUGUCCCUCCGCACCGUGGGGUCGGCACGAUUGCAGUCAUAAGGAAGAUGUGACAGUGAAGUGUUCUGAACACAAAGAGAUGCGCCUGGUGAACGGAGGCCGGCGGUGUGAAGGGAGAGUGGAAGUGUGGUACAACGGGACAUGGGGAACAGUGUGCUCCGAGAAGCUCUAUAGAGUGGAGGCGGAAGUGAUCUGUAAACAAUUAGAAUGUGGACCCCUCGCAUAUAUUGAAUAUCGCGCCUGGAUAUAUGGACAAGGUUCUGGGCCCAUAUGGAUCGAUAAGAUGAAAUGUAGCUCGCACGAGUCAGCCCUUUGGCAGUGCCAGUUUGACCCUUGGGGGAAACACAACUGUGACCACAGGGAGGAUGCAGGCGUUUCAUGUAAAGAUGCUGAAAUGCCGGAGACAACCCGCGGGAAAGACUGCGUCGGUGGAAAUGAAUCUAAAUCUCGCCGUUUACCAGACUUCUCUCACGAUCUUCUCGUUAAACGUGAAGCCAUGGGACCUUGCAUGGAUCCCAGCUAUGUCUGCCAGUUGAUUCAAAUCUACAACUGCGGGUUGAUGGCGGCAGCAACAAUUGCUCCGGAAGGGUUGACAUAUUAUUCAAUAACCGCUGGGGAACGGUGUGUGAUGACUCCUGAGGUCUCGCCGAUGCCAAUGUCGUCUGCAGACAGUUGGGCUGUGGCUCUGCUCUUUGGACUCCAGGAGCGGCGACCAUUGCCCCGGCCUCAGGUGAUAUCUGGCUGGAUGAAGUGA